GUAAAUUCCCACUUUUACUGACGUGUACAUUAUUUUAGAUCCCUUAUUUUUUACCCAACCACCUCCACUGACAUUUAUAAUGAAGAGCGAGCCUAUAGACCCGACCAUACCAUUGAACAAUCUUCAAAUAGAGCAACCACUUGUAAUACCAGAACACUCCCAAGCUAUGAAGGUAAUAGAACCUUCUCCUCCUCUUAAGGUCAUGGAGCCCCCUCCACCUCUGAAAGUGAUAAUGAAGGAUGGUCCGCCGGUGGCUGCUCCUCCUCUAGAGGCUGAUGCUCAAGUAAAAACAGAAAAGUCGGAAGCAGAUCCAGAAAAGGAACUCCCAAAGAAUAUCAUCAAGAGAAAGAAAUCAAAGAAAGGUGGAGAUCCCCAGAUAGGAAAAUCUGGAGAUGCUUCAACCUCUGGAAUUGCUGACAAGAAAACAGAAAAGCAUGUAUUAGUCAGGAAGAAUUUCACGAAAAUGUGCAGGAAUUGCUACAAUUUCAAUAGUACCAGAUUUGGCGCAAAGGAAGUUAAAAGCAAAUGCAAGAGGGUGAACACAUAUUGUUUAACAUGCCCUGGUUUUCCGCCAUUAUGCGUUGACUGUUUUAUUCACACCCAUAAGAAGUAAAUAAUGGAACACUAGAGUUUGCGAUUUCUUGUGAGCUUAGCUGAGUUCUACCAGACGACAGAAAUGCAAGCCAGCGUUGAAUUAAUUUUGCAAACAAACGUUGAGUAAAGAAACGUCCAAGGGACUGCUUCCAAAAAUGAACUUCUAAGCUUUGGAGUAGUUGUUUUUAAUGACAAAACCUUCUCAUAUGUUGAGGCUCACCAUUUUUUGGUUAUGACACUCCUACCCAUUUUUUUAUCGAGCUUUUUAAGUAAAGGAAUGUGAUCGAAUCAGCACUUAUUACAACUAUAGCGACUUCCAUCAUUCUCCUGUUAUCGGUUUUCUCAAAUUGUCAUUAUGUAAAUUACAUGACAUUUUAUUGAACCACAGUUACAACGUUCACUUUUCCUAGCAUGAUAAGCAUUGGUGUUCACUGUUGAUUGAGCUAGAACCGAUGUCAUGUCCACAUGAAGAAUCUCAUAUUUCGCGACAAUGAUGUAUUCCAUCUCAAAAGCUUUUCCAAUUAAUAGCUACUGUAUGCUUACAUAUGAUACUGAGCACAAAAUCAUGCUUGAUGGAUGUUUAGUUUUUAGGUCAAAAGUAUUAUAAAAUAUUACUAGGAUUGUUGAAAGACAUAGCUCAAAAUAAAUACCAGUUCAUCGUACUUAUUAUUGACCUUUUUAACACCUAUAUCCUGUGAGUCUUCAAGCCAAGGUCUUAGCUAAGCGACGUAUUUUUGUGCUUGGAAUCCUGAGUGUUUGUAAUUGUUUCUUACUUAAAUUUGAUCCAUGAUAUCAGAAAGGUCAACACUUUUAGGAAACCAUCGCACACUUGGGAUUUUCUGUUGCUUGUUGUUUAUUAUUCUCAUAAUAACUAUGUGUUUGUUCCUGUUUGAAACGGUUUUUAAAGCGGA